UCGAUUCGGCUACCGAAAUGGCGGAGACGACUAGCAGGAUGGAGGUUUCACAGGGAGAAAGUUCUGCUAAACCUGCAGCUGAGGACAUGACGUCAAAGGACUACUACUUUGACUCAUAUGCUCACUUCGGUAUUCAUGAGGAGAUGCUGAAAGACGAGGUGCGCACUCUUACAUACCGCAACUCCAUGUUUCACAACAAGCACCUGUUUAAAGACAAGGUAGUGCUGGAUGUGGGCAGUGGCACAGGCAUUCUCAGCAUGUUUGCUGCCAAGGCUGGGGCGAAGAAGGUCAUAGGGAUUGAGUGCAGCAGUAUCUCAGACUAUGCAGUGAAAAUUGUCAAAGCCAACAAACUGGAUGAUGUGGUAACCAUCAUCAAGGGUAAGGUGGAGGAGGUGGACCUGCCAGUGGACGGUGUAGAUAUCAUCAUCUCCGAGUGGAUGGGCUAUUGCCUUUUCUAUGAAUCUAUGCUCAAUACAGUCAUCUAUGCCAGGGAUAAAUGGCUGAAACCAGAUGGCCUGAUAUUCCCAGACAGGGCUACCCUCUAUGUCACAGCCAUUGAAGACAGGCAGUACAAGGACUACAAAAUCCACUGGUGGGAGAAUGUGUAUGGCUUUGACAUGUCCUGCAUCAAGGAAGUGGCCAUUAAAGAGCCUUUGGUGGAUGUGGUUGACCCCAAACAACUGGUCAGCACUGCCUGUCUCAUCAAGGAGGUGGACAUCUAUACUGUGAAGAUUGAGGACCUGUCGUUCACUUCCCCGUUCUGCCUGCAAGUGAAGAGGAAUGACUACAUCCAUGCCCUUGUCACCUACUUCAACAUCGAGUUCACGCGAUGUCACAAGAGGACUGGCUUCUCCACCAGUCCCGAGUCUCCCUACACCCACUGGAAGCAGACUGUCUUCUACUUGGAUGACUACCUGACUGUGAAGACUGGAGAGGAGAUAUUUGGCACCAUUAACAUGAAGCCAAAUGUCAAGAAUAAUAGAGACUUGGACUUCACCAUAGAUAUCGACUUCAAGGGUCAGCUGUGUGAAGUGUCCAAGACGUCGGAAUACAGGAUGCGCUAAGACCCUGUAUCCCCCACAUGUUUGUUUUGUUUGUACCAGAGGAAGGAGGUGUGGCAAAGGGAGAUGAUGGGGUCAGAGUGUCUUUCUGUAUUAUAAAAGCCAGUUUCACCCUCGCAACUAUUGACUUUAAGAAAUGGAUUUUGUUAUGUUCCAUGUUCAAAUGUAUCUUUUUUUUUUAAAGUUUUUUUUUUCUAUUAAAACAUUUGAGGCUAAAUCCAGUCCCACAGUACUUAAAAAGGUGAAUUUGAAAUUUCAUUUUUGUGUACGCAAGUAUAUGAAAUGAAGUGACAAAUUGUUCCCGAUUCCUGAUUAAUACAUGCUGUCUUUGUGCAUCCAAGCGUCUUGUUCUCUGUCAUGUACUGUAAAGCCUCGCGCACACAAAGGCACUCUGAUCCUGCCAACUUUCCUGCACGUAGUUUCACUCUGGUCCACCUCUGUAUAGUCAUUGGAACGUGAUGACGUUACCAGACUUCCUCCUCCUCUCUUAUUGUUUUAACCUGACCACAUUGAAGCGCCUCCUGUGGCUGUAUCUUGGGGCCCCAUCAGACAAUGGGAUUGUCAUCAGUUGGAUGGAGAAGCUCAGUCACAGGUGUAUGUAGAAUUCCAUAUGAGCAUUUAUGGGGACCAUACCCCGUCAAGCUCAUUAUAGCCAAGUCGUUGCUGUAAUGAAGUGGGUAGUCCUGUAAGUAUUUUUUCCCCUUCCCCCUUUAAAGACAGUGACACCCUGCUGCGCCAAUCCAUGUAAACCAUCUUGACAGGGACAGUAUCCUGCUAAAUGACACUCAUUGCUUUCUUUUCCUGACAUGUAAUGUUACUGAUGUUCUUGUUGAGGUCUCAAAAGAGUGGUCACAGAGUAACUGACAUCUUACUAGUGCUUUAAAAAGGGGAUGCCCCAUCUGUCAUUUCUUACUAAUCCCACCCGUCCAUCCUCCAUUUUAAUGUUUGCUUUUUAUCAGGGCCAUAUCACAUCAGUACAGUAGUAAUAAGUAGGAUACCGCUCCCUUUAAAAAAAGGUAAUAGAGCUACAUGAGUGACUCUUGUUUUGGAGGAGGGUCAAGUACAUCAUUGUGUUGUACUUGACCUGGAGAAGGAGGGUUUUUGUUGGGACCAUAUUUAUGUUAAGUUGUCCCUAGUCUUGGCUCUCCAGGUCCGCUUUAAAUUUGGAUCCAUCAGCCUUAUUGCUGCCCUAAAACCAACAUCAAAAGCAUUUCCAGAUUGUCAAGAACCACAACGGUCACGGUUGUUGUUAAAUUGCUGUCUGUGGUCAAAUAGUUGUUCCAGGGAAAUGCUGGUUAUGGUUGAAAGGCAGCCCUUGUUUUCUUUUCUUUCUUUUUUUUUUUGUUGUUUUUUUUUUGUUGUUUUUUUUCUUCUGUCCUUGCUUUUUUAAAUAAAAUUUAUAAACUUGAACAAG